GAAGAAAGACUUACCGAAAAGUUUCCCCAGAAAAGCCCUGUUUGGGGGCUCUGCUUGGGAGAGCUCAUUCACAGUGCCUGUCCAUGCCCAGUCUUUGUGAUGUUUAACGAGUCUCCAAGUUGUCCCUCCUCUGCCUAGGUCUCGGCUGUGCAGACAGAACGGAGACUUGCGAGCCAAGAACUGUCCAAGGCCGUGCAAGGACCUCGUGCCAGAGCCACGGCUGCGAUUUCACAGCAUGUGAGCACCAGCCCCUUCCUCUGCCCCUCUGAGAAGAGCUCAGGUGAGCUGCCAGCACCCGGUCUGACUUCUGCCUUGGUGGGAGCUUCGAGUGGAUGUCAGGGUGAAAGAAACAGAGCGCAGGCAUGGGAAGAGCGAGUGUCGAAUGUUUCUGUACAGUGCAGGUGGGCACGUGAGCUCUGAGCCAGCAGAGAAAGCCAAGAUGACCGAGCAGGUCCCUUCCCAUCCUGAACUUCCUGCGGCUGCUCAGUGUCCACUGAAAACUUGUUUGUGAAAUCUGUUCCCUGAGGCAGCUAAAGCCUUGUUUUGUGCUGUGGGGUUGCAUCUGUGCAGACGUUGAGGGCAGAUUGUUGUCUUGCUGAUGAAUAACAGAGGGAAGAAAAUUCCAUUUGAGAGUGACCUCCAAAGCUAGAGGACAGGGGAGUCAGACGAAAGCUCAGUGGAAAUCCUGUGGAAGUCCUUGCUCGUUGCUGAUGUGGUGUCCUGUGAGGAGUUAGGCUGCCGAAGGUGCCUGUGGCUUUCCUUUCGGGGCAAGCUGCUCAGACCCUGGCACUUGUUCCUUUUUCUGCACGUUCCUUAUGAUGCUUUGGAAGAUGGCCAAAGUACAGUUCCUUGAUACAUCCUUCAGCUUUUGCAAAAUGUUUCUGUUUUCCUGUUCAGAUCAGGAUGGUUCUCUGUGAUAACUCUGGGAGCCAAGAAGUCGUUCUCUGUGUGGCAUGUUUGCUCUGGUCUAGCUUAACAGCAAGGGGACUCCUGGGGCCUCCCAACUGAGCACUGUGAACCUGUCUGGGUACUCCAAAUAGCUCCAGAUUCUCUUUGUAUCGACCACAAAACAAGUCCCAAAACAGUGACAAGUCCCAGUGCGUGUCCCUGACGUCAUGGCACCUGUGGCUCUUGGCUGACACCCAACUUGAAACCUCCACUAGCAGCAAAGGGAGAGAGGGAGUUUAGAAGAAAAAGUUUAUUGCAGGUGGAAUAAAUAAAGAUCAUCUACAAAAGUCAAGAGGAAGCAGGAGGCUCUUCUAAGCUGCAAAAGCUGCAGAGGAAGUGGUUCGUCUCAGGCAGGGGCACGAAGUUGCUAUGGAGAUACCCCAAUGAUAGUCGUCUAUGUCUUUACCUGUAUGCUGAGCUGCACAGCCAGUGAGGCUGUAUGCUUCUUCCUCUGGGCUCCAGGAGUCUUUACCACUGCUGCAGGUGGGUGACAUCCUAGGUUUGCUGUUCUCAUAUGGCUGAGAGAGCUCAAAUGGUUGCAGAAUCAGUCAGGAGGUGGAUUAUAUCAAAAGUGAACUGUGUUGUAUUGGAAUUACACCCUGCAGUCUGCUUGGCUGAGGGAAAAACAGCAUUUGGAGAAGAAAUUCAUUUGGUCUGACAAGGAGAUGAGGCUCAGGAUUUCAGGUGCAGAAGCUGGAAAUGCACGUGCCAUCCUACCCAGCAAUUCUGCUAGCUGGAGCCAUGGGUUUAAACCACCAUGCAGAAAUUCAGUUGGAUGUUGCCCUUGAAAAGAAAUCAAAGAAAAACAGCGUUAUCAGCUGGAGGGAAAAAAAAUAAAUAAAUAAUAAUAAUAAUAAUAUGUCAAAUGAAGAUUAGAAAGCUGUACUGAAAACCUCUACAACAGGCACCACGUGUGAGUAAGGCUGCUGAAUCCCUGUGCUGAUCGAUGCUGGCUCAGCAGCACCCAGCUCUGCAACAGUGCCACCCAGUGCACCUGAAGUGGGAGACUUGCUUAGCAUUUUGCAAACUGAAGACCCAGGAAACACGGAAUGGUUUUAUCUUCCUGGCCUGGAGGCUGCCCCAAACACAGAGAUGCUGUGUAAACAGCAACGCAACGGCAACAGGAGCACCUGCCUUUCUGGCUGGGGUUUCCAAAGGUGAGUUUUCAGCUUCUUGUGUGAGCACAGUGCUGAGAAAUGUCUUAGAAACAAACCCAAACUGAUACCAGCAAGUUUCUCAGCUGGCAACUUGAGCAAUGGGGAUGGGAGAGAUGCUACAAAUAGCAUGAGAAUUUGUAACAGAGCCAGCUCCACCUCCAGGGCCUGGCCUGGAGCCAGCCAGAGUUAAUUCAUUCCCAGUGGAGCUGGGAGCCUGAGGGUACUACUGAUACAGCCCUGUUGUGUUCUCCCAUAGCACUUGUUCAGGGAGGUAGCAGAGCUGAGGCUUCACCUAAAAAUAAUGGUGUGAAAUAGUAGUUUUGCUUACCAAGAGAAGCUUACCAGCAGCUUACCAAGAGGCACAAAGCUGGGUGAUCUUCAGCGUGCAGUGCCUUCUCGUGCAGCAUCUCUAUAGCAAAAAGCAGCUCAUCACAUCACUUCAGGAUGACUGCACCACCAAGCUGUGCUGUGAGCACAGCCCCAGCUCCUGGCACGUGUGGUGUGGGCUGGCCAACAGCAGCGCCUCGCUGGGGCUGGGGCAGCUCCGGGCACGGGGCUUGGCCAAGCCUGCAAUCUUUGUGGUUAUCGUGUCCAUUAUAUAGCGAACACACAGCAAUUCACUUCCCUCGGGUGGUUUAAUGCCUCUCUCUGAGGGCGGUUUGCCUCCCAGCCCUUACUGCAAGCAGAGCAGUAACAGAGCAGCCCCUGCCCACCCCACUACCUGUGGAUUUGCAGUACUGCUUUCCAGCCACAAAACUGUCCACCACCAAAACCAGGUGCUUUGGCCCCUUGUCUGUAAGGUUUUUGCCAUGCAGGAGCUGGCAGGUGAUGUGCAGGGCACUGCAGUUUCCCUGUCCUUGCCACCACGCAGCUGGAGCAGCUCUGGUGACUGAAAUUGAAGAAAAUCUCUGCUACGAUUGUAGAGCAAGCAUUUGGGGAAGUCAUCAGCCUGCUGUGACAGCAACCCAGGAGCUGCCUGCCACGAGCCUGGCCCUGUCCAACCCCACGUCCACCACGGCCUCUGCUCCCGGAGAAGUGCUUCCACAUGCAGCUUACGGCCAACACUGUGAUAUAUACAUGUACACCGUGGUGCUCUCCAGGUACGUGGGGCAGGUGGAUGGAGGAGAUGGCAUUUUGAAGGAGGAGACACCUCCCUGCCAGGGCUGCUGCCUCAGGGUCACAGGGCAAGAAGUUCAGGUGCCCUGGUGGGGUGCUGGGGGACACGGUGUGAUGAGACUGCCUGUCCCUCGGGGUCAGGUCCCCUGGCCCAGCCAGGUAAAGCGUCUCCAUCACAUAGGUGCCAGGAGAUGGUUUCAGGGUGGUGUUGGGUGCAUGAUGGGACAACCUCAGCUCCACAUGAAGCGGGGUCACCUGCAGACAGAGCUUCAGGGAGCUUCGUGGAGUCUCCUACCUGGCCCUCAGCUGGCUGGGUUUUGUCUGCAGUUCUGGCUUACAGCAGCAAGGCUUUCCCUUGCUGCACCCGCUGCUGCCUCCCCAUGUGCCCACGCACCCCACACACACCUCGCCCCCCGAGCCUGCCCCACUCUGCCCUCCCCUCUGCUGCUACCCUGCAGCUGCUUCAUCACCCAGAAAUGUGGGGGAGGCUUCAUUCCUGCGCAAAGCGCUCGGAGCGUUUCUCCUGCUCCCCCCUUGCCUGGUUUCCCCCGGCUUCUCCUUCCUGUCCUCCCACCCCUGCUCCAGCUUCCUGCCCUUUGAUGUGCCUCCGCUCCUUUGCUCCCGGGCAGGAGCCGCCUGCCAGGUGGAGGUGAGCGCUCUCCACCCCACAAUUAGCUGUGAUCGAAGGUUCAGCUUUUCCCUGACCCCUUGCUCCAUGUGGCCAGGCUCACAGCACCACCAUGGCCAGCAGAGCCCAGCAGUGUGCCCCUCGAGAUGGUGGGACCAGCCCCAGGCAGGUCCCAGCAGCCAGGGCUCAUCUACCUCGGCUCUGCUUCAAGGCACCCAGGGCUGCCCUGGCCUGACCCUAUACAGAUGGCUUUUGGGGUGGCAUUGGCUCUUGGGGUGUCGUUUGGGCAGCUAGGGGCUCCUGAACGUGUGUGCGUAUGUGUGAGGAGGGCACAUGGUGCAUGUGAGAGCACACAUGGAGUGAAAGUCUCAGCAGAGAUAAGAUUUUUGGAAAUGUAAUUGAAGGCACGGAGCAUCCUGCCUGUUACUCAACUCUCCUUGCAUAACCCCCGGGACCGGCAGCGUUCACAGCUGACUGCGCCGCUGUCAGAAUCAUUUGGUGGGCACUUGUUGGAAAAACCGUCAGGUCAGCACAGAGCUAAUUGCACAGGCAUCUUCCACUCAUAAUGAGAUUUAAAAAUCUAGAAAAAUACCUGCCAAAUACUUUGCGGCUCCCUGGAUGAGCCUGCGAUGCCUCUCAGUGCUUAAUCCUCCCCGUGUACCGGGGCUGACUGGGAUGGGGACGGUUCGGAGCCUGCCUCGAACGAGCACCGCACACACUGCUGGCCACGUGCCAUUGCCCAUGUCACCUAACAGACUCGUGCUGUGACAGUCCUCCUGGCGUGGUGGCCUGGCAGGUGUGGAGGAGGCAGCGUUCCCCCUCCGGGCAGGAGUUUCACCCUGGUGCUGGUCCCCCUGCUGCAUCCCCCGGGAUGGUGGCCGUGUCCCUGAGCACGCUGCCACUGCCCCAAGCAUCUGCAGGGGUUCAGAGCCCCCAGCCAGGCAUGGGGCAGGGGUCACACAUCGCCCCGGGGAGCACGGCGGUGGCUGCUCCUGGGCCAGAGGGAGCAGGGCAGGGGCUGCAGCUGCCUUUUGAGGGCUGUGACCCUUCUCUUUCCCUGCCAUCUACACCCAGGGCCGCGGUGAGGGCUGCUCCUGGGCACUGUGGGCGGCUGGGCAGCUGGGGAGCUGAGCACAGACACACGGGGCGCCUUUGUUUGCCUGGGUGAGCAGCCAAGUCGCAGCCCAUCUCCGGCUUCGUACCAGCUGCAGAUCUAAAGCAGCUGACCGGCCCCUCCAAAAAAACAAAACACGUCUAGGACCAGGGAGUGGCUUGCGCUGGUGCUGAAUAAUGAUGGUCCCGGCACGCUUAUAAAACCACGAGGCGGAGAGCUCGCUGCAGAGCUGGUCCUGGCAGCCCUGGCCCUCCGCAGAGCAUCGCUGCACCUCGUCAGCCAAGGUUUCCCAACUGCAUCCCGGCACAGCCAUGCUGGGCACGGCAGUGCGGCUCUCAGUCCUGCUCGGUCUCCUCGGCUUCGGGAAGGGGCAGAUGUUUCACAUGGGGCCGUGCCCAGACCCUCCCGUGCAGGAGAACUUCGACAUCUCCAAGUACUUGGGAAAAUGGUACGAGAUAGAAAAGCUGCCCUCGAAUUUUGAGAAAGGAAGCUGCAUCCAGGCGAAUUACUCACUGAAGGAGAACGGGAAGUUUAAAGUGAUCAACAAGGAGCUGCUUUCCAGUGGCAAAGUUAAUGAAGUUGAAGGAGAAAUCAUGCACACGGAUGUGAAGGAGCCGGCCAAGCUCAGUGUCCGCUUCAACUGGUUCAUGCCUUCUGCCCCUUACUGGGUAAUCUCCACCGACUACGAAAACUACUCGCUGGUGUACUCCUGCACGAACAUCCUCUGGCUCUUCCACAUUGACUACGCCUGGAUUAUGUCAAGAACUCCCGACAUGCACCCGGAGACUGUGGAGCACCUGAAGAGCGUCCUCCAGUCCUACAAGAUCGACACUGAGAAAAUGAUGCCCACGGAUCAGCUUAACUGCCCCGCUGAGAUGUAACUCCCAGCACGCAGCCACACAGCACCAGACCAGCUAUGAACUUUGUUGCUUUUGUUAUUAGCCGUUAGAUUUCUCUUUGUAACAGAGAAAUGCAAUAAUCCCCUUGCUAAUGGUAGUUUGCCAGCCCUGAGUCACUCCGUGCUGUUGUUCCCUCUGUUGCUGUUCUCUGUUUCAUCUCACUCUGCCUGACUUUGGCAGAGUGGCUGAUUCAAAGCUGAUGGGUGCAGAACAGAAACCCUGACGUGCAGGCGUGAAGCUCUGCUGUUGCUGCAAAUCCUGCAGCGGGGGGAUGCAGAAAGUUAUGAGCUGCUAUGUGCAAAUGUUAGCCCCAGGGGGAACCAUGCACCCAUAAGUUGUUUUGAUGCUUCUGGGCCCGCCGGGAGCACAGGGUGUCUGAGCACAGGGUGUCUGAGCACAGGGGGUCAGUGCUGCAGCCUGGGGCUGGGUGUUUUGAGCACAUUUUCUGGUGCGGGGCAGUAGGUAGAAGCUACUGCUAAGUCAGUAGAUCUACUUACUAGGGUUUGGGUCUGGCCUUUUUUAAAGUCUGAAAAUGUCCAGCAAAACAGCAUUGCUCCAUCCUGGGUGUCUGUACACGUCUUCCUGUGCCCCUUGUGAGGCUGGUCCUGCACUACCCGAGCUCCGAGCGUACCCAUUAGCAGACAGAACGAGUGGGGGCUGCUUGCUUGGUCUCUGCUCCCAAGGCUUCCCCCUGCUCAUCACCUCCUGUGCACCCACUGUCUCUGCCCCUGCCCUGCCAGAGGCUCUGCUCCAGCUCUGCUCACAUAGCACCGCUGCAACUCAUUAAAACGAAAUCCAAACACC